GGGUUCUCCAUUGACAAGUGAUUCCCUUUGAAAUCGUCACGGAGCCUCUCAGCCAAUCAGCAUUUGCAGCGCCUCUCCCCCUCUCCGCUCGUAUCACUCCUCCCACUCCAUAUUUGGGUAAUGACGUAGAGGCUGUGUUCAAAAGGUUCCCCAUAUAUACAUACUGGAGUCCGGGCCCCCUUUCCCAAUAACAGUUACUUUACACGGUGUUAACUUUAUCACCAGAGCGCAUGAACCGCACCAGCUCAUCCUCUCACACCCCGGUGACAAACGAAGACAUGCAGUGGUGAUCCACGCUCGGCUGGGUUCCACACUGUUACUUGUAAAGAACUUUGAGGAUACGAACAGAAAGGCAAGAGAGCAAGCAGACGCGGUAGUGUUUUCUUUUCUCCAAAAUGACGGCUAAAACUUUGGAGAAAGUGCCGGUGAAUCUCGGGGGCUUCGUGCAUCCCGUGGCCGAGAGCGUGUACUCCAUGGAUGACAUCGCCAGCAGCUUGCCGGCCUCCGUGGCAAUCUUCCCCAACAGCGAUUUGGGAGGUCAUUACGAUCAAAUUAAUGUGGCAGCAGAUGGCUUGAUGGGCGCAGACAUGAGUGCAGAGAAGCGCUCUCUGGACCUCUCCUCCUACUCCAGUGGCUUCUCUCAGCCCGCAUCCCAUCGCAACCAGACCUUCACCUACAUGGGAAAGUUCUCCAUCGACUCCCAGUAUCCAGGAAACUGGAACCCCGAGGGAGUGAUCAACAUCGUCUCGGGCAUCUUCAACGUGGCCCAGCCGCCGCCUCCUCCUCCUCCUCCCUCCUCUUCAGCAUCCUCCUCCCCGGUUUCCUCGGGAUCUCCCAAUCACUUCUCCAGCGGAAAUUUGAGUUGCACCAUGACGGCUCAGAACCAGGCAGAGAUGGACCAGCACCACCACCUGUACUCCCCCCCGCCCCCUUACUCCUCUUCUGGCUGCGGGGAAGGGUACCAGGACCCUUCGGCUUUUUUGUCCACCUCUACCUGCCCCAUCGCCCCUUACCCGCCCCCGUCAUACUCUUCGCCCAAGCAGCCCGGCAGCUCAGACGCGCCGGGGCUGUUCCCCAUCAUCCCAGACUACUCGGGGUUCUUCCAGCCAGCUUGCCAGCGGGACAUGCACACGGCAGGUAUCCAGGAUCGAAAACCAUUUGGUCCAUGUCCACUCGAUACAUUCCGUGUCCCGCCACCCCUGACCCCGCUGAACACUAUCAGGAACUUUACGCUGGGGGGUCCGGGUGGUAGUGGCUCCGAGGGAGGGCCGCCGAGGCUCCCCUCUGCCUACAGCCCACAGAACCUGCCCCUGAGGCCAAUCCUGCGGCCCAGAAAGUACCCGAACAGACCCAGCAAGACGCCUAUUCACGAACGGCCGUACCCCUGUCCGGCGGAAGGCUGCGAUCGGCGGUUCUCCCGCUCCGACGAACUGACCAGACACAUCAGGAUCCACACUGGACACAAGCCGUUCCAGUGCCGAAUCUGCAUGCGCAAUUUCAGCCGCAGUGACCACCUCACUACGCAUAUUCGCACGCACACAGGAGAGAAGCCGUUUGCGUGCGACUUCUGCGGCCGCAAGUUCGCCCGGAGCGACGAGAGGAAGAGACACACUAAAAUCCACCUGAGGCAAAAGGAGAGGAAGUCCUCCACUGUCUCAUCUUCGUCCUCCUCUUCGUCCAGCAGCUCCGGAGUGGAGCGGCCGUCAGGCGGCAUCAGCACAACCAGCAGGAUUUGUUCAUAGUUUUCCCAGGAAAAGCACCAUGGCAGCGUGACGCACACUAACCUCUUAAAAGAAAAUAACUUUUAAAUAAUCAUUCUGAAACUGCUUGAAACUGCAAGCUUAAAGCAAGAUGUGAUGAACAAGAACUUAUGUGCAGUCGUGCGCAAUUACGCACAUCCACCCAUUCCUGCUCCGGAACUGACCGAGAGACUGACACGAAUGCACUUUGCCUGCACAGUCUACUGAAUAUAAAAGUAAAUAUAGCCAUUAAUUCAGAAGAAUAUACAAGGGCGACUGUAAUAUAAAGGGGAUUUUUUUAUGUGUCCAACACAUGUUGGGCGCGCAUCAGGCUGCGCGUUUAAAUGUGAAAUAACUGCAAUAAUGUUUUGAAGAAAGACGGCUGUUUUAAGUUAUUGAAUUGACAAUUUGUUCAUUCUAACAUGUUUGUUGAUGACUUUAUUUCCCUUUUAGUGCCUUGCUGUGUGUCUUUUUGUACACUGACUGAUUCAAGGACGCUUCUAAUGCAAUGUAUAAUUUGUCAUUUAAUAUGUAACGUUGGAAGACAUUCUAUUUUUGUACACAUUUAGUCUCGUGUAACUUCAGGUGUUAAGCAGUUGUGGUUCACGUGUGAAACAAUGUUGCAGUAUAUAUAUGUUGAACUCAUACGACUUGACAUUUUUUGUUGUGAUGUGUGUUUUGAGAUCUAUUAAAUGUAUGGGGAUCAACACGAGCGGCAUCAGUUUGGUUUAUUACUUAUAACUAAAGGAACAACACGGUUCAAAGGUGCGUUCAAGGAACUCAGACGUCGCC